AUGCGUUCUUCUUUUAGAAUAAUAAGAUGUUAUACCACUGCAGCUAAUAGUAACAAUUUUGCAGAAGAAAUGAAGAAAAACUUUAUUGCUACAAACUCAUUUCAGAAAGCAAUAUUAACAGUUGGUUCAGCAGCUAUAUCUCUGUUAAAUCCUCAUCGAGGCGAUAUGAUCGCAUGUUUAGGUGAAGUGACUGGAGAAAGAGCUCUAAUACACAUGCAACAAAAAAUAUCUGAGACGCAGGAAGGUUCUGAAAUACUUAAAGAGAAGCCGCGCAUAAAUUCUAAAACUGUUUGUUUUGAUAAACUUGCUGAAAUGCCAGAAAACACACUAGGCCGUGUUUACGCCGAUUUUAUGACCGCCAAUAAUAUUACGGCUGAUUCUCGUUUACCAGUUCAGUUUAUUGAAGACCCUGAGUUAGCGUAUGUGAUGCAACGUUACAGAGAAGUACACGAUUUGGUUCAUGCUACUUUGUUUAUGAGAACAACCAUGCUAGGAGAGGUUACAGUCAAAUGGGUUGAAGGUAUACAAACACAGCUGCCUAUGUGCAUCAAUGGUGGGAUAUGGGGAGCAGGCCGACUAAAGCCAAAGCAUCGCCUGUUAUAUCUAAAAUAUUACUUGCCAUGGGCCAUCAAAACUGGAAACAAUGCCAAGUUUAUGCAAGGUAUUUACUUUGAAAAAAGAUGGGACCAAGACAUAGAUGACUUUCACAAAGAAAUGAAUAUUGUGCGACUGAUGAAGAAAUAA